AUGUCUCUACUUAUCUUCAUCACACUCUCCCCCGAUCCCCUCCCUUUCCGCACUCUUGUCACCCCUGCUUCAACCGUCCGCCUUCCCCUCUGCCCGCACAUCCUCCUCUUCUCCGCUGCCCGCCACGGCUCUACAUGGUUCAUCGACUCGGCCGAGCGCUGCAAGUACAGCUCAAAUCCUUUGCGCUCCAACCCCAACCGGGGCGACCACAUCAUCUACUCGAGGGAUAUUAACAAGAACAGCGAGCUAUGGCACCCCGGUCGGGAAGGGCCCUUGCUCAACAUUUCCGCAGAGGAUGUCGCUGAGUAUGUACGAACCACGGGGUCGGUGAAGGUCUUUCCGAUAGCCAUGGAAAAAUCAGAGCAGGCAGUCCGCAUCAUUUUGGAGUCCAUCAAGAGGAAGGAUAUCGAGCAACACGUCAUAACUCCGGUCGUCAUCCUUACCCGACGCCUCGACGAUGCCCAUAACAGCUUGCUAAAUGCCAAGGAGAGCGGCGUGUGGAAUAAACUACCGAGCGCCAGGGACGGUGUAGAGGGAGUGACGAAACGGACCGAGGUCAGCGAAGAAGACCAAUACUUUCGGCAAUACCGACGGAAAAGGCUGGAAUAUUUUCAAGACGUGAGAACACUCGUCAGAGACGUGGAUGUGGUGAGUGCCGAGUUUGAUUACGAUGACGUUAAGGGGAUGAAGAAUAUUGAAAUUCAAGAUGCAGGCUGCUACAUUUCGAAUUGUAACUUCGAGCGGAUGGAGAGUUAGGGGGGAAUAUGUGAAGGCUGAAGCCGACUUCACCGUGUCAUCGGUCGGAGUCGGUUGGAGCUCCAUACUGCUAACUGUUGAUUUGAGAGUGGGGCCUGGCGUUUGUGUAAUACUGAAUCGAAAAAGGUGAAUCCUUCUCCGGGCUUCUAAGACUCGAGUCUUCUACGCCAGUGCGUCACAGCGAUUGGUGGAGAUAACGACGUGAUCCGACAAAAAAUGGAAUGGACUUUGACAAGCGGGCCUCAAACCCCUACGCCAUUGCUUCAAAGCGAACGCGAGUUAGCGUUGCUUACAAAGGAAUGGAUGUCCAAAAUGUUGGGCUGGUCUGUUUCCCCAUGUUAGCGCACUAGGUCUUUUCUUCCAUUCAACACUGUUGGCACGUGAUUGAGUAGAGUUGUUGUGACUGCCGCGAAGCAUUUCAAGACUAGUGAGGUAACUACUACUAACAUAAAACGCCCCUUUUUCGGACGUUGUUGUCCUCAUUUU